GAACCCGAAGCUCGCCUCAUGCCAUCCAGCCAAUUCACAAUUUUUCUUUAGCCCCAUUUUUUAUUUAUAAUAUUUUAAUAUUAAUUUAAUAAAAAGCGAUAACCUUACCGAAUUCCCAAAUACCUAUUUCCCUUUCUUCUUCUUCUUCCUCUUCAAUCCCUCGCUCCAUCUCGCCCGAACGCCGCCUGGUUUCAGAAAAGAAGGAGAGGAUCUGAUCUCGAAGCUCGUUUGCUCUCUGGUAUUUCCCUUCCCGCCUCACGAUCUCCGGUCUCGAUUGUGGUUUCUUAACGAGAUCUGAUCGAUUUUGUUGCGUUCUCUGUGGGAGCUUAGGUUUUCGGCGAUGGCGUCCAAGCGUAUCUUGAAGGAACUCAAGGAUCUACAGAAGGAUCCUCCUACCUCAUGCAGCGCUGGCCCUGUUGCUGAGGACAUGUUUCAUUGGCAAGCGACAAUUAUGGGUCCUCCAGACAGCCCUUAUUCCGGUGGUGUUUUCCUGGUCACCAUUCAUUUCCCUCCAGACUAUCCAUUUAAGCCUCCCAAGGUGGCAUUCAGAACAAAAGUGUUCCAUCCUAAUAUCAAUAGCAACGGGAGCAUCUGUCUCGAUAUCUUGAAAGAACAGUGGAGCCCUGCUCUAACCAUAUCCAAGGUAUUGCUUUCCAUCUGUUCGUUGUUGACGGACCCCAACCCCGACGAUCCGUUGGUGCCCGAGAUCGCUCACAUGUACAAAACCGACAAGAACAAGUACGAGACGACUGCUAGAAGCUGGACCCAGAAGUAUGCCAUGGGCUAGAACUGGGGGGAAGAAGGAAAGGGUGUGUGAUCAGUGGUGGAAGGGUUUGGCUUUGCGAGUUAGGGGUCAUCUUCUUUCUCAUUUGGAUGUUUGCCUUUUGUCUCUCCACCUCUCUGGCAGUUGCUAUGUAUUAAUGUCCAGUCGUGAAUGGUGAUAUGCUCUUCGAAACUAAAUGGGCUUAAACUGGCCCAAUAACAUUUCUCUCGCCCCAGAAGCCUAACAAAAGAACGACACCCAGAAAGUUUAUGUCGUUUAAUUUUUUUUUCUUCUUCUUCUUCUAAUGUAUGGAUGGAUGAUUUGAUGUUGGAACUUCAAAACUGUGUCCUAACUUUCUUGUGUAUUUUUCACUUCAGGAACCGACUGUUUCCUUGUUAUCUAAGUGUUCUAUCCUUGGUUGAAUGAACCAGAUGACAUAAGUGUAUAAUUAUUGAUGUAUCUGAAGUUCAACACUACAACUUUUAUUUUGGUAUAUUACAGCGAGUACCCGAGGCUGUUGUACAGUGUCGAACCAUCGCUGCUUAUUUGAACCUUGCGGACAAUUGAUCAUAUUUGUUAACACAAAUUGAUAAAAUGGUUGGCUAGAGAACGCGGUAUUCGAACUUUGAUGGACCAUCCAUCAUAUUUGUGCACUCAAAUUGGUAAAUGGUUUGGGUGCAUAGUGAGCCGACUCUGGAAACUAGACCCUCAUUUUACGAUUAAAGAAAGUCGCACCGCGUCAAACCCUCAUAUGCAUUGAGGUACCACGAACGACACUGCAGGGUUUUUACUUGUUUGAAUCAAAUGGUCAGAUGUAAUAUAUCAAUAUAGCUUUUCUGAAAGCAUUAUCUAAUAUCUGAAGUAACAAUGUCGAUUUUUACAAAGGACUGCAAGUCUGAUUGUCAUGUGGUGGAUGAUCGAUGUCAUGGGCUGCAGAGAAAUGGUGAGGUAAAAAGCAUUGGUACGGGCUCAUGGGCUAGGGUUUUCGGCCCAGUCAUUAGAUGACAUGCACCUGUCGUUGGCUUUCUAUUGGGCCGAGUAGAUGCAACCCAUAAGCUAAGCUACUCCACCUCAAUCUAGCUAGUAUGUAAUGCUUCUCUACAACCAAUUAUACCAACGAGUUGGUAAGGGAUCAAUCUAAGAAAGAGUAAUGAAACAACUUUUUGUAUCAAGAUAUUGUUCGGGAUUUAGAUUGUCAGAAACCAACUUGUACCAAUAAUUCGAGUGAUUGGGAGAGGCUCAUGUAUGGUAUUUAAUCACUUCUUUACAUGUGCUCUUAAACGAAAACCAACUCAUGGGCUUGAAGUUUACACAGGCCAGCCAUACCAUGUGUUUAAAGGCAACGAUUUAAUGUUGGGGGUCGUGAGUACUUGAACACGUGACCUCAAUGGCAAACUAGCUCUGAUACCAUGUUAUAAAUCAAUUGGUCUCAAUAAGUAAAGUUGUUGGGAGAAGCCCGUGUAUGGUACUUAACCACUUUCUUACAUAGAUCAGCACGGUUUUUACUUUUGAGUGCAUAUCAAGGUGACUUCCGGGAAGUAACCCAUCACUGCAUUGUUGCACAGUAAGCACGUUUAACUUCGAAGUUCUUACGAUAACCCUUCAAUUUCACCUCAAAAUGCGUCUUGUCAGUUAAUGACGGAUUCUUACUUAUUAAUCAUAGAUCUCUACCAUGCUUUGUCGAAGUGAGAUUCAUCUAAGGUGCUACAAGUAAGUCCUUGCAUAGUUGAAGAACAAGUCUUCGUAUAUGAUCUCGUCUUUUGGUAUUAUUUUCGUUUCAUUCUCAAUUCUUCUAUAAUAUAGACUAGAUACAUAUAUUAAUUCGAUACAACUAUAUAAUUCUCAAAGAAUUCAUUUUCGCUCUUUUGUAAGAACAAUAUUUUAUAUGGAACUCUUGAAAAGAACACACCUAGUACGUAGUGGGUAGAUCAAAACCAUUAACUCCCCAAAUAUAUGGUCAACGACCGGUCCAAACCCCAAUAUUGAAAGCCAAUUAACAUGAAGUUUCGAACACACUGAUACUUCAAAAUCUUUUUUUAUUUACUUAUUCAGAAAUGAAGAUUGAUUGUAAUGUAAAUAAAUAUAAUAUGGGUCGUCUCCAUGCCUUGAAGAUUAAUGGAAGACAUUGAAAUGAAGAAAAUAUCUAUGGAGAUAAUAUAAACUACCAAGAAACAACAGCCCACUAAACUAAAAGUGCUGCUUCUUCACACAGUUGACACAAUUACCUUUCUAGCCUCCUCAAUCAUUUCUGCUGCAAACUUAAUAAGCUUGCAAAAAGAUCCACCAAAUAUGACAACUUGCCAUUAUGAAGGAUCAAAGGUCGAAGAACCCAGCGGUACUGAGAAUGAAGUUUUCCUUUUGAGAGAAAACCCCAUUUUUUUGCUAAUGAAUGGUGUUAAGUAAAUUACAUCGAUCCAUAAUCUUGAUUGAGAGAUCACAUUACAAAAUUCAUUGAAACCAGAUUCCGAUCCUCUUCACUUAAUCCCAUAUUAAUUAGCUUUGCUUAACCCACUAAUCACAUCUCCUUGAUAAUAUAUUUUUCUUGCCUUAAUUAAUCCCAGAUUCUAUAUACGUUAAUGAGGGGACAAGUAACCCUACAAACAGCAGAACACAUUAAACAAAAAAACAAAAAAAAAACAAAAACAGACACCUUCUCAGUUCAUGCACUUACUCCAUCAUACAAUAAUCAUAAUCUCUUUUUGGCCUGAGAGAUUCUCGUCAGACUCUGUGAUUAGCAUUAGCAAUGCAAUUCCAGGUACUCUCCAUACCAAUUAGUGUGAGAUUUACGUACGGAAUUGCUUAAACUUUUGUGUUUAGUGACUUAAUCUCGUCUGGCUGAUUACAACCAAAGCCACUAAUUAUUGUCUAAUGAAUGGUCUUCAAAUGCUCAGGAAACAAGGGCCUCCCAUGUUCUUUGCAACUCAUAUUCUGGAGGACCAAAAUGAAAAAGGGGAAAAAGUGUAUAUUAAUGUGGGAAAAAGAAUUUCAGACAAAAUACCACAUGCCAAGCAGUAAGCAGAGGGGGAAAAGGACCAAAAAGGGAGAAUAAAAUUGUCUUUAUAGCAGAAAAGAUGUAGUUGUAAGUGUAGUGGAACUCAGCUUGAUCAAAUAUAAUUUCUCCCCCAAUUUUUAGGGUUUUCUUGGAUUUGAUAAAACCAAUCAUUUAUACACAAAAGAAAAACCCAAUAUAUAAUUUAUGUGGACAGUAUCUCAGUCUGAGUGACUUCAUGAAACAUAGAGCACCAACUCCCUAAAAAUUGUCUCUCAUAAAUCAUUAACGCUUAAAAAAAAAACAUUCUUUUGUGUUUGGGAAAUAAAGUAUAGGGUAUGCCUACUAUGACAUGUAUGUCACCGUGACAUGGACUUUUUGGUCGACCUAAUCCUGAAGGCGGUCGACCGAAUUGACUAAUUUGGGCAGCACGAGAAAGCAUUGCGGUCGACCUCAAAGACCACCUAGUAGACCGUUCUUAGCUUAAGUUGUUAUUUUUGGUUGACCAGAAUAAACCUCGGUCGGCCAU